AUGACAGAUGAGUUUCUGUUUCAAGACAAUAAGAACCAUACUGUCUGUAUAAAUCCAACAAAAGGAACUUUAAACGAGAAACCUAUAAAUGAACUUCUUUUGAAAGCAGAUGUUGGCAACAAAGCUGACAAAGAAUAUGUAGACGAUGCAAUAGCAAAAGAAGAAGAAAGAGCUAACAAUGCUUAUGCAACAAAAGAACAUACUCAUCCUGAACUAGCAGACAAAACAUAUGUUGACAAUAAAAUGUCAAGUGAAGUGACAAGAGCUGAAAACGAAUAUUCUAAAAAGACUCAUACACAUACCAUUGCAAAUAUUACAAACUUACAAGAAACCUUAAACAGGAAAAGUGACGUUGGACAUACACAUACCAUUGCAAAUAUUACAAACUUACAAGAAACCUUAAACAGGAAAAGUGACGUUGGACAUACACAUACCAUUGCAAAUAUUACAAACUUACAAGAAACCUUAAACAGGAAAAGUGACGUUGGACAUACACAUACCAUUGCAAAUAUUACAAACUUACAAGAAACCUUAAACAGGAAAAGUGACGUUGGACAUACACAUACAUCUUCUGAAAUAACAGACUUAAACGUUAGCCUUGAAAAGAAAGCAGAUAAGACUCAUACACAUACAAGUUUUACAACUGUUGCUAUAGAAAGUAUUGAAGGAACGGUUGAAGAAACUGGUG